AUGUCAACUGCGAUAUUAUCAACGAUUCAAAGUCAAUUAAAUUUUUAUACAUAUACAAUUGUUAUGGCUGCAGGAAAUAUUGGAAAUAUAUUUGUACUUAUACUCUUUACUCGACAACGUCAAAAUGCAUGUUCAAUUUAUUUGAUAAGUUCAACUAUAGUUAAUAGUAUUUAUUUAACAUUUACUAGUUUUAUUCAAUUAUCUCCUUUUGAUUAUACUGAUGGAACAACACGUGCAUUUAUUUUAUGUAAAUUACGUUCAUAUUUAGCAGGAGUUCUUGGACUUACAACUAAAACACUUAUUGUAUUAGCAUGUAUUGAUCGUUUUAUGAUUACAAAUCGUCGUGCAAAUCUGCGUGCAUUUAGUACACCAAAACGAGCUAAAUAUUUCGUUUGUUUUUUUUGUAUUUUUUGGCCAAUUUUUGGUUGUCAUGCUGCAGUAAUGACAACAAUUAUUAAUCGACAAUGUGGUCAAUUUGGUAUUUAUUCCAUAAUUUAUACUAUUUAUGUUGCAAUAUUUGUUGGUUUCAUUCCACCUAUUACAUCAGGUACAUUAGGAUAUUUAACUUAUAAAAGUUUGAGACAAAGACGUAAUCGUAUUGAACCAGUUGCACAUCAUGGUAACAAUGCUAAUGCUCCUAUUCGACGACGAGAUAGGGAAUUAUUGAUUAUGGUCAUGUCUGAAGUAUUUGUUUAUAUUAUAACAUCACUUCCAUAUCCUUUUAUUCUUUUGGAGAUGAUGAUUAGUCGAAAUGUAGUAUUAAAUAAAAGUAUUCAAUAUACACAAAUUGAACUUUUUAUAUUUGGUAUUGCAUUAUUAUUAGUAUAUAUGAAUGCUGCUGCACCAUUUUAUAUUUAUAUAAUUUCAUCGAAAGGAUUUCGUCGAGAAUUUAAACAAUUAAUUAUGAAUUUUUAUAGAAAACAACGAGGACAGCCAACACUUCAAAGAACAACCCAGCACACACUUACACAAAAUGGUACUCAUGUUCAAUAA